AGUUGAUAAAGAAAAUUAAAAAAAAUAUUACCUGUAGUUUAAUGUUGGUUUAUACGCGGGCUUGUGGAUGCCUUGGAAAAAAAAAAUUUGUGCGCUUUGAACCGCAAACAAUUCUGCAUUUAAGUUCACUUAUCAUCCUAGUUUAUAAUUACAUGUAUAUGCUUUUAAAAUUGUAUGAUUUUCACUAAUAUAAACAAAUUUAAUCCCUAUUUGAAACUUGUCAAAAAUUAAUCUUAAUUUAAUAGGAAGUACAACUUAUAAAACGUAUUCUUGUUGUACAUUGAAAUUGGGUCUCCAUCAUUAACUUAUUAACCCUUGUAACAUAAACCCAUGUUUGUUGACAGCAGUUGUGGUAUAUAAAAUUGGCAAAUCAAAGUUGAUUCUUUUUCCAGAAAAAUCCUUUUUUUGAGAAAAUGGAAAGCUCAAAAGCAAAAGAAUGUGAAAAUGAAAAAUCAGAUUCAAAUGCAGUGAAUCUGAACAAAAGCAACAGCAAAAGGGUCGAAGGAGAAGGAGAAUUGUUGUUGUCAGAAAUACGGAAAAGUAAUAUAAAAAGUAAGAUCAUAGAAUUAGGAAAUGGAAGUGAAGUUGAAUAUUACCCCAGAUUUCUAGAGUACGAGGAUGCCUGGAAAUACUUUGAAUACCUCAACAAUCAUAUUCCAUGGACUCGCCCUACCAUCCAUGUAUUUGGCCGUUCAUGCCUCCAGCCCCGUGAAAGCUGCUAUGUUGCAAGUGAGGGAGUUUCCAAAUUGAAAUAUAGUGGCUAUCAACCUCAUGCUUACCCUUGGCACCAAUUCCCACCCCUUAAUCAUCUUCUCCAAGCGGUUGAAGAUGCUGUUCCUGGAAGUCAUUUCAAUAGCUUGCUUUUGAAUAGAUACAAUUGUGGUAAUGACUACGUUUCUUGGCAUUCUGAUGAUGAACCUCUUUAUGGUCCCACUCCUCUAAUUGCUUCCCUUUCCUUUGGUUGCGAACGUCACUUUUUCUUGAAGAAAAAAUCCAAUAAAUCAGUGUCAAAGGCGAAUUCAAGUAAUGAACCUGCAAGCAAGCGGUUGAAGACAACCAACAAUGCUGAUCAGGAUCAGCAUUCCUUUUUAUUAAAACAUGGAUCGCUUUUGGUUAUGAAAGGUUACACUCAGAGGGAUUGGAUUCAUUCCGUGCCUAAACGUACUAAACUAGAUGCUGUCAGGAUCAACCUUACCUUCAGGCUUGUCCUUUAACCUUCCAACAUUCAUGUUUUUUACUUGGAGGGAUGUUGUGCUAUGGGCUGGAUGUAAACUCCCCAUACAUAGUUACUGUCUAAUUGCCUAUCUUUUCACUUACAUUGCAUAAUGUAGCUGCUUUUUUGUUCUUACUUGUAUCACAUUAUGUACCUGGUUUUGAAUGGGAACAUUUUCUUCACUCUGUCAAUUUUCUGCUUAUUUGCUCGUAUGUUGCCUUUUAUUCCAUAUGUUUUCCCUUGUGGUGAGUACGGGCUUCCUAUCUCUAGGAAGAUUAAUAUUAACACAAAACCAAAACAUUCUCGAAGCUUGUAUACCAUGAGUAUGCUCCAGAUGAAAAUAUUACCAUGCGUAACAACCAUGAUACAGAGCUAGCUUUAUUUUUCUUUUUCUUUUUUUUUUUUGGAUUUUUCUAUCAGCAUUCAGCAAUCUGCAACGAGUGACAGAACACAAAAAUACAGCUGAAGUUCUGUAAUACCAAGUUAAUAGUUUGUUAUUUUUUACAUUAUGUUUCUAUGACAAGUAUGUUAAUAAGAAACAAGGUCAAAGCGCACGAACUAAGUUUAGUGCUAGGUAAGAAGUUGGAUGAGAUUAUAUCACACAAAUUUAUUUAGUUUUAUCAAACAUACAUCCACAAAACCACAUCUCUCAUCUAAAAAUAGUAAUAUAAUGUCCAGCAUUGUAGGCUUUGUUGAGCAAUGUUCGUGUUAACCUCUUUAAUUGUGUGGCUCCUAUUUGUCCUCUCUUCUCUUCUACUUUUUUUCUCUCAUUUUCAUUCUAUUGCAGAUUAAUCUCUUUCUUGCAUUUCAGUUUUAAUUCAUCAUUUGCCUUCUAACUUGAAUUCAUAAUAAUAGUUCUGGGCAUUCAGCAACGUUGUUACGAAGAUUGAUCAUAGAAUUUUACCAUAGUAUUAUCUCCCUUUCUAAAUUGAUAACUUGAAGCUAAUUGCCUUCCAAUACAUAACUCCUAUUUUUCUCUUCAGGUAUGCUCAUCUCUACCAACAAUGUAAUUAGAUUAUAUUUUAUUUCAACAUGCACAUAUUGUUUUCAGAUUUUUUUUUUUUUGGUGCUAAUACAACCU